CAAAAGUGUGGCAGCCUUCAACCAUCCAGUCAAAAUCAAACCAGCUACUGCUAUGUUCUGUGUGGGGUGUGUUUAGAAAAGGGUGAUUCAUAGCUUACUUCAUGUCUAUAGCUGCUCAUUCUGACUCUUAAACCAACUACUACACCACUAUUUUUCACCUCAUCAAUAUAUAACAUUUUUUUUCACAUAUAUAAUAAUAAUAAUAACAAUAAUACUUCACUAUCAUCAUAGUUCUCUUCUCUCAUUCAUUCUCUCACACUAUUAUUAUCUCUAAAGUCUAAACCUUCCUUUCAAAUCAACAUACCAUUAUUUUGUUUCUCUUUGUUUGAUCUGUUUAUAGUUUCAUAAUAGAAAAAAAAUGAAGAAGUUUGUACUCAAGUUAGAUUUGCAUGAUGACAAGGACAAGAAGAAGGCUCUUAAAACAGUCUCAACACUUUCAGGGAUUGAUGCCAUCUCAAUGGACAUGAAAGAGAAGAAACUGACAGUGAUAGGAACAGUAGAUCCAGUAAAUGUGGUGAGCAAAUUAAGAAAAUUCUGGCACACAGAAAUAGUAGCAGUAGGACCAGCCAAAGAGCCUGAAAAGAAAGAAGAAGCCAAGAAAGAUGGAGAAAAGAAAGAAGAAGGAAAGAAGGAAGAGGGAAAGAAAGAAGAUGGAAAGAAAGAAGAAGAGAAGAAGAAAGAAGCACCCCCACCACCAGAUCCUAUUCAAGAAUGGAUUAGGAAUUAUAGAGCAUAUAAUCCCUAUAUGACAACACAUUACCAUGUUCAAAGCAUGGAAGAGAAUCCCAAUGCAUGUGUCAUUUGUUAAAUAGCAAAAUGUCCAAACAUGAGGGAAAGUUAAACUUUCUCAGUAUGGUAAUGAAUUAAAUUAUAUUUCUUAUUAUAGCCUCAUAUCAUAGGUGGCCACAUGCAAUUCAACAAUGUAGGUGCUACUUGUAUAUAUCAUAUGGUGAUGCCUUGUUGAGAUUUUAUUUAAUGUGUAGAGAGAAUGAAUAAAAUUUUGGGGAUUUUGGUUUUGAAAAAAA